GAGUCACGAAAAUAAAGCCACAAAGAAGACGAGAGAGAAGCCAGUUGACGGCUCGCAUGGAUUCGCGUCGACUCAAGCUUUAAGCCAGACUGAACCGGCUUUUACCCCCUCAAAAACGCUUUAAAUGUAUUACUAUUGAAUCAAUAUGACGGAAAUGUUUUCCACUCUGUUCGGGCAAAAUGAAGCUCAGGGACCUCCCGGGUCUUCGUCUUUGGGUUUUGGACCGGGGAAAGCGCCGCCACCCAUCCCGCAGAACCAAGUCUCCAUGGCGGGUCAGAUGCCACCACAGCUCGUGGAUGAGGGGCCUGCUCUGCGAAAGUCCGGAGCCACGAACGAACAUUUCUAUUUACUGCGAGAACUUCCUGUUGGAAACGAAUUAACGGGUAACACCAACCUCAUCACACACUACAACCUGGAACAUGCCUACAACAAGUUCUGCGGGAAGAAGGUGAAGGAGAAGCUCAGCAACUUUCUGCCAGAGCUACCAGGUAUGAUUGACUGUCCGGGCACUCAGGACGGCAGCUCGUUACGCUCUCUGAUCGAUAAGCCUCCGGUGUGUGGGAACUCCUUCAGCCCGCUGACCGGUGCUUCGCUCACAGGCUUCAGACUACACACAGGACCGCUCCCAGAACAGUACAGACUGAUGCACAUACAGCCUCCAAAGAAGAAGAGCAAACACAAACACAAGCACCACCGGCCACAGGACCCGUUACCACAAGAAACUCCCUCAGACACUGAUCCCAAGAAAAAGAAGAAAAAGAGGGACGAUGACCCGGAUCGAAAGAAGAAGAAGAAAGACAAGAAAAAGAAGAAGAACCGCCACAGUCCGGACCACCCCGGCCUCGCUGGAUCACAGCCCAGCAGCAACAGCCUGAGAUAAACACAAGCCCGCUGUGUGUGUGUGUGUGUGUGUGUGCGCCUGUUUGAAUGCGUGACUUUUGUAAGCGUGUGUUUUACAGGUUAUUGUAUUAUAAAAAGUAUGCUUAAUGAGAUAAACAUAUGGCUGUAUCGUGUGUGCGUGAAUGGAUGAAACAGAUAUGGUGGGUAAAAAUGGAAAGAAAUGUUACAGAUAAAGUGUAAAAAAAAAAAAAAAAACAAGCUGUGUGGAUGGACUAAGCAGCCUUUGUUUGUGUAUUUCUUUAAUAUACUUCUUUUGACCAUAAUGCCAAAAUCAAAUAAACUUUGAUUAUUAAACUUC